CUAGUCUCUCGUUUCCAGAUAGAGGGAUAAUAGUUCAGUCCGCUACAGUACAAGAACACAUCAAUGGCGGUAGUGUCCACCUCAGUCGGCGGCGCCGCGGUCACCAGCCAGUUGACUCAGUUCUCCGGCCUCCGCAGAUCCUUCCUCAAGCUCGACACCUCCAACUCCAACUCAACUCAGGCGUUUUUCCGAAAUGUCAACUCGCAUCUCCACCUUGCCUCCUCGAGUAGAGGGUGCCGUGGUGUCGUUACCAUGGCAGGCUCCGGAAAGUUCUUUGUUGGUGGAAAUUGGAAAUGUAAUGGAACUAAAGACUCCAUAAGUAAGCUUGUUUCUGAAUUGAACAGUGCAACAUUGGAAUCUGAUGUUGAUGUUGUGGUAGCUCCUCCAUUCGUCUACAUUGAUCAAGUGAAGAACUCGUUAUCUGAUAGGAUAGAGAUUUCUGCCCAGAAUUGUUGGAUCGGGAAGGGUGGUGCUUUUACUGGAGAAAUCAGCGUGGAACAACUGAAAGACCUUGGAUGCAAGUGGGUUAUUCUGGGCCACUCUGAGCGGAGACAUAUAAUUGGAGAAGAUGAUCAAUUCAUCGGGAAGAAGGCUGCAUAUGCCUUAAACCAGGGUGUAGGAGUGAUAGCGUGUAUUGGCGAGUUAUUGGAAGAAAGAGAAGCUGGAAAAACUUUUGAUGUUUGCUUUCAGCAGAUGAAGGCUUAUGCUGAUGCGGUUCCGAGUUGGGAUAACAUUGUCAUUGCCUAUGAGCCCGUAUGGGCGAUUGGAACUGGAAAAGUGGCUACACCAGCGCAGGCUCAGGAGGUGCACGUAGCCAUUCGGGAUUGGCUGAGUAAGAAUGUAUCUGCAGAAGUUGCUUCUAAAACACGUAUUAUUUACGGAGGUUCGGUAAAUGGAGGCAACUGUGCUGAACUUGCAAAACAAGAAGAUAUUGAUGGAUUUCUUGUGGGUGGUGCAUCCCUAAAGGGUCCUGAAUUUGCCACUAUUAUUAACUCCGUGACUUCAAAGAAGGUUGCUGCAUGAUAUUUGGAUCAACACAGAGUAUGCUCACAGAACCAGUUGUAGUAGAACUAUCUCACGGCUAAAGUCACGUGCUAUUCCCUUUCGUGGUAGAUCACCUCUUCCCAUGUCCUCCAUUAACAUGAAGUGAUUGUUUUGCUCCAUCUGUUUCCUAACAAACACUACCGUGUAAUGGACGACAAAGUUCACUACAAUAAUGUUUUUGUAGCAAUGAUACAAUAAAGCCAAACAUAAUUGCACUCUGCAAUGCUAGGGCCACACUGUGCUAGGGGCUUGUGUUGAAAACUUCUGUCAUGAUUUGUAACAUUAUCUCAUUCUGGAAAAUAAAACGAGGAUGUGAUGCCUCAAUUUUGAAAUUA